CCAAUAAAUAAGUUUAAUAUAGUUGAUUAGGAAUUAAAUGCAAAUGCAUUUUCGAAAUGUAACAAUAACGUAUUAAACAGAUAAACUGAAAACGACGCUUGAUCGUCAGUUAAAAUCUGGCAAAACAAAGUGUCUAUAUAUAUGUCUAGGCAUGUCCAUCUAUGUAUACAUAUAUAUAUAUGAUUGAUCUUCUAAGCUAUAGGCCCUGCAUCUCAUUGCUCCGGCGAUAAAACAUGCAAUUUGUCAAUCAAAUUGCCUUCAAGAUCCGACACCAGCUCAAUUUUAAAUCCCAAAACACGCGACAUUACGGCUCAGUUAUCGUUCGGUGGUUGUAGGCUGCAUUGCUCCCAAAAACUCCAAAAAUAUCCACUGCUUCUCCGCUUCACUCCACAUCCAGGAAUCAUGUUGCUCCUCUGGCUGGUGCUGCUCACUAUACUGACUUUUAAGCUCUGGUUAAAACGCAAGUACGCUUACUUUAGGAACCGUGGGAUCCCCUACCUCCCUGCGUCCUCCUGGUCGCCGAUGGGCAACCUAAGUCAGCUCCUAUUCCUGCGUAUUUCUUUUGGAGAUCUCUUUCGAAAGCUCUACGCAGAUGCACGUUGUGGUCAAGCAAAGGUUGUGGGUUUCUUUGUCUUUCAAACACCCGCUCUGAUAGUACGAGAUCCAGAGAUAAUCCGCCAGGUGCUGAUCAAGAACUUUAACAGCUUUCUAAACCGGUACGAAUCGGCGGAUGUGGGAGAUCCCAUGGGUGCCCUUACCCUGCCACUGGCCAAGUACCAUCACUGGAAAGAGAGUCGGCAGUGCAUGUCGCAGCUCUUCACCAGCGGUCGAAUGCGCGAGGUUCUGUAUCCACAGAUGUUGGAUGUGGCUAUCGACCUGGAAAACUACCUCAAUAAAAAGUUGCGGAAUCGCCCAGACCGGGUUCUUCCGCUGGGCAGAAUGUGCCAGUUGUACACCACCGAUGUGACGGGAAAUCUGUUCUAUAGCCUGGAUGUGGGCGGAUUACGACGAGGGCGAUCUCAGCUGCUUCAGAAAACAAAGGAAUUAUUUAAGACUAAUCCUCGCAAGGUUCUGGACUUCAUGAUCGUGUUCUUCCUGCCGAAGUGGACAAGUCUGCUGACACCUAAGGUUUUCAGUAAGGACUAUGCGCAGUAUAUGAAGGACUUGGUCAAGGAACAUCAGGAACCACAGAAAGUUGAUCUGAUCAAUCAACUGCAGCAUUUCCAGAUCAGUUGCUCCUCUAACCACUACUCCAAACAUCCGGACUUUAUAGCCUCCCAGGCAGGCAUUGUCCUGCUGGCCGGAUUUGAAACCUCCUCAGCUCUUAUGGGAUUUACUCUCUACGAGCUGGCUAAGGCGCCUGAUAUUCAAAUGAGACUGAGAAAGGAGCUAUGUGAAGCCUUCGGCUCCUCUUCCACCCUCUCCUAUGAGACGCUGAUGGCUUUGCCCUACCUCAAAAUGGUAUGUUCGGAGGCACUGCGUCUCUAUCCGGCUGCUGCAUUUGUAAAUAGGGAGUGUACCAGUCCGGAACCCGAAGGAUUCUCUCUGCAGCCGCAUGUGGACUUUGUGGUGCCCCCUGGGAUGCCAGCCUACAUCUCUAUACUUGGGCUCCAACGUGAUGAAAAGUAUUGGCCCGACCCCUACCGCUUCGAUCCCGAGAGGUUUGCCCCAGAACGGAUCAAAGACAUUAUCCCCAUGACCUAUAUUCCAUUUGGAGCUGGUCCUCAUGGCUGCAUUGGUAAUCGUUUGGGUCUGCUUCAGCUAAAACUGGGUAUAGCUCACAUCUUAAAACUAUAUUGGGUGGAGGUUUGCGAGCGAACAGUUUCGCAGAUUCGUUUCAAUCCAAAAUCCUUUAUGUUGGAGUCGCAGGAUGAGAUAUACCUAAGAUUCUGCAGGGAUAAUUUAUAGUAUUAAAUGUACAAAAAUACG